AUGAGCUACGAGGCGAGACGCAGACUGUUGCUCGAUUUGCGAAAGCUGCAACAAGAGCGACCAGAUUCACUAUGCGCAAGCCCACUUAAUGGAGAUAUAUUCGUAUGGAAAGCUGUUAUUCUAGGACCAGAUAACACAGAGUGGGAAGGAGGCAUAUUCACAUUAGCACUCAAGUUCACAAACGAAUACCCUCAUAGACCGCCAACCGUUAAGUUCACUACCAAAAUAUUCCAUCCAAACGUAUACCAAGACGGAAGCAUAUGCCUUGACAUUCUAGACAAGGAGUGGAGCCCAGUAUUCGAUGUAUCAGCAAUACUUACAUCAAUACAGUCACUACUGACAGAUCCAAAUAAUCAAAGCCCAGCAAACAAAGAAGCAGCAAUUCUAUAUACGGAAUAUAGAUCGGAAUACGUAAGAAAGGUUAGGGAAGCGACCAUGAUGGAUAAUUUUAACGAUAUUAUGCAUGCCGCAGCACGCGGAUUCAAGGAUAUCGAACAACUACUCGAAGCAUUCUUUGGAUUCCUGUCAACACAAACGGAUUUCUUUCAUACACAAUUAUCACAACACGAUAUACAAAGGUUAGGACUAGAUCCAGCAGUAAAUAGUAAAGGGUUCAAAGAAAAUCAUGUUAGGACACUGCUGGCACAUAUAUUUGAAAAAAAUCUAGAAAAAUAUAGACAAAGACAUCAACCGUACCUUAUACAAAAUGCUUCCACUAUGACGAAGUCACAAAAUUGGACACAACAAACAGUGGAACACGCACAGAAGACACAGGUCACACCGCAAAAUAACGGAAAUAAAAUUACACAGCAUAAAGUGGCCGAUAGCAGAACGGAACAAAAAGGUGAAGCACAGGAGGAUAAGGGAAAUACUCAAAAGUAUCAAGAUCAACAAGACAAACUACCCAAAGUACACGGUGUGGACCCAGAAGUUAUGAAAUCGAUAUCAACGAAAUUUACAAUUCAGGACUGGAACGGAGGAAAAACUAAUCUAUAUAGCUGGACUCAGACAUUCACGGAUGUCACUGUGGAAAUCGUAGCGCUACGCAAUAUAGCUGCUCACCAUGUAAAACUCAAUAUCAACAGAGACUCGAUGCAACUAAACCUAUGGGGAAAAAAUGUAAUACACGGAAAAUUCCCUUAUCUAAUCAAUGCAGAUGAAUCUAUGUGGAGCAUCGAAGACAAAUGUAGACUCAUCAUAUCGCUCGAAAAAACAGAUGAAAGGUGGUGGGAUGCCCUCAUAGAGGGACAUCCAAAAAUUGACGUUACAAAAAUUGAAUCCGUCAAAAGAUUCGAUGAAUUCAACGCACCGCAACAACGUGAAAUGAUCAAACUAAUGAAACAACAUCAAGAAAGACAAACAAACAAUUUCAACCCACAACACGAAAAUGACUAG